AUGAGCAAGCCCAAGGUUGGAAUUAAUGGUUUCGGGAGAAUUGGACGUCUUGUUCUCCGGUCUGCCAUAUGCAAGGGGACCGUAGAUGUCUGUGCCAUUAAUGACCCUUUUAUUGACCUCACUUAUAUGGUGUAUAUGUUUAAAUAUGAUUCCACUCAUGGUCCAUUUAUCGGAGAAGUAAAGGAAAAGGACGGGAAAUUGGUAAUCAAUGGUCAUUCGAUCUCCGUUUAUAAAGAAUUGAACGCUGAGGCCAUCCCUUGGGACAAGGAUGGCGUUUACUAUGUUGUCGAAUCUACAGGUGUAAACACUGAUAUGGCCAAAGCUGGUGCCCAUUUGAAAAACAAUCGUGCUAAGAAGGUUGUGAUUUCUGCACCAUCUAAGGACGCUCCAACAUUUGUUGUUGGAGUUAAUUUGGAUAAAUACGACCCCUCUAUGGCAAUAGUUUCAAAUGCCUCCUGCACCACAAAUUGUUUAGCUCCGUUAGCUAAAGUAAUUCAUGACAAUUUUGGGAUCGUAGAAGGUCUAAUGACAACAGUUCAUUCCUACACAGCAACUCAAAAGUUGGUGGAUGGUCCAAAUCCAAAAGGAUGGCGUGAUGGUCGUGCCGGUGCCUUAAAUAUCAUUCCAGCGCAAACUGGAGCUGCUAAAGCCGUCACAAAAGUCAUUCCUGAGCUCCAAGGGAAGUUGACAGGUAUGGCUUUUCGAGUGCCAACUCCCGAUGUCUCUGUGGUCGAUUUAACCUGUAAGCUUGCUAAACCUGCCACUUAUGAACAAAUCAAAGAGGUGGUUAGAAAUGCUUCCCAAAGUCCAGCCUUGAAGGGAAUUCUGGAUUACACCGAUGAAGAUGUUGUAAGCAUGGACUUUCGCACUAGCACUGCGUCAUCUACUUUUGAUGCAAAUGCAGGAAUAUCACUAAACGAUACUUUCGUAAAACUCAUUUCCUGGUAUGACAAUGAGUAUGGUUACAGUUGUCGUGUGAUUGAUCUCAUUACGUACAUGUAUUCCAAAGACAACUAA